UGGCUAGGCGGUGAUUGGGGAGGAAGAAGCGUAAUAAAAGUGGUCAACGUCGGAAAGUGCAUGGUUAACAUCGGAAAAUGAGAUUAAGUUUCAUUUUGCAAAAAAAAUUUACCUUUUUUGUUUGUUUUCGCAAAGGAUGUUUUAUAAGGUUUUUUUCACAAAAUUGAACUUUUAAAAGGUUUUUUUGGCAAAUUUUGCUAAUACUUAUGUUAAAAAAAAAAAAAAAAAGUUUAAAAAAACUUGAUCGAAAAAAGUGAGAACGAAAAGAGAGAAGGUGAAAGAAAAAGAAAAUAAGAUCAAGCUGUAACCCUUAAUUACAAUCUGCAACUCUCUCUCUCAAAUUCAACAUUCCCGCUUUUUUCACACACAAUUUCAGAUUUUCAUCGUCAAUUUACCUCCCCAAAUUUGUAUAACUGAUAAUAAGUUAUAAGAGCAAGAGAAAAGGAUUGCGGGUCAAUGAAACCCAGAUUUUCUAAUAAAUUUGAAGAAGGUUUAUAAGGAGCAAAUAAAAAACAAGCUUUUAAGAUCGAAAACUUGGAUCUUCCACAAAUUCGAGGAAUGAUAUAAAUUUGAUUGUUAUGCUUAUAUGAUUCUCAAAACAUAAGUUCAGAAAUUCAAUUGGGUAACAUUUGGUAGAAUGGCUGGAGAAGCAGAAUUGAGUAACUCAGUUAUGUCAGUUAGGUCAUGGAGGACUGCUUUUCUGACUUUAAGGGAUGAAACUCAAAGUCAUCCUAUUAAUAGUUUGAUUAGUGUUCUUCCGUUGCUCGACGAACUCGUAUUUGCUCAUUUUCACUCCUUUGUUGAUGCUGCUCCGUCCCUUCCACCUCACGAGGUCACUGCUGAUUUGAUGUAUCUACUAAAUGUGGUGGCUUCAAGCCAUUGUCUGAAUGAGGACACUGAGCGCGCUUUAUCUCUCAUUUGUCAUCUGAUCCACAACAUUACUCUUCGUGUUCCACUUGAACUGAGUCCAUCUGCUUGGUCUGAGAUGCUUGGGUCCUUCAGCAAGAUGGGGAAGACUUUUAUUGAAAAUGCCGCAAGACAAAGUUUUUUCUCUGAAAAUUCUAUCGGCAUCAAAGCUACAAAGGAUUGUCUGGAAACUACAAGGCACCUGAUCAACAUGGAUCCUAGAAAAUUUUCAAUUUUAGAAAACAUCCAGCUGGUGGAAUUUCUCCUUCAUAUUGUUGUAUGCUGUCAUUCUGAAUUGAAUGGCUCUUAUUACUCCAAUGGUCGCUUGAGGUGCCAUGAUAACUCUGGGAAGAUAUUACCCCAACAGGCUAGUUUGUGGAAAGUUCAAGCAACUGCCUUUUCUAUGGUUGGUGAAGCAUUCACAAGAGUUGGAUCUUCUUUUCCUGUAGACACAUGGCAGUCAGUUAUCGAGGUUAUGAGGAAGGUUAUGGAUGCACUUGCGACCAAGCUUCCUGUAGAGGAUGGUGUCUCGUCAAGGUUUUAUUCCGCAAUCCUGCAUUGCCUUCACCUUGUACUUAUAAAUCGGAAAGGCUCUCUUUCAGAUCAUUUGGCAGCUUUUGUGGCAUCAUUAAGAAUAUUUCUGGCUUAUGGCUUGAAUAAUUCAAACCUCUUUCCCUGUCAUAGAGAUAAGGAUUCAGGUACUUCGAGCCAUAGGUUUACUUCGAGGGCAACUAUGAAAAAGGAUGUUGCUGCAUACAGGCCUCCACAUAUGCGCAGAAGGACAAGUUCUUCUCUGCAGCAGACAGUAUCUCAGACAACUGAAACAUCAUCCGAUCACGACUCUUCUCCACUUGAAUUUUCAUCAUCGGAUUCUGACUAUAGUGAUGGUGAGGGUGCAUUGAAAGAUUUCGAUAAUGUGCGCAGCUGUAAGGCCAGAGUUGCUGCAAUAAACUGCAUACAGGAUCUUUGCGAAGCUGACCCAAAGGCUUUUAUUGCCCAGUGGACUAUGCUUUUGCCAACUACUGAUGUACUUCAACCGAGGUACUCCUUGCUCUGUUACAGGAAGUAUGAGGCGACUUUGAUGACUUGCUUGUUAUUUGAUCCAGUCCUGAAGGUCCGCCUUGUAUCUGCCUCAGCUAUUGCUUCCUUGCUGGAGGAGCCAUCCUCUGUUGCUCUGCAGGUUGCAGAAUACAGGGAAUCGGCUAAAUGUGGAUCAUACAUGGCACUCUCAAGCUCUCUGGGGCAGAUACUCAUGCAACUUCAUGCUGGUGUUCUGCACUUGAUUCGGCAUGAGAGGCAUACUGGAUUAUUGACUUCUUUGUUUAAGAUACUAAUGCUGUUGAUAUCAUCCACACCGUAUUCGAGGAUGCCCGGAGAACUGUUGCCCAGAGUCCUUUCCUCUCUUAGAUUGAGGAUUGAAGAGGGGUUUCCAUAUAAAAGUGAUCAGACCAGUUUUCUGGCUAUUGCUAUCAGCUGCUUGACUGCAGCUGUAUCUACAUCACCUUCCUCUUCGCAUGUUAACGAAAUGUUUGAAGCUGAGAUAUCAGCAGGUUUAAUUUUGAGAAAAGGAGCAUCAGGUGUCUUGAUCACUAUGCUUCAACAUGCGGAGCAAGUCACAAAUCCAGUAAUAUGUUUGGAAGCUCUCCAGGCCCUCAAAGCUCUAUGCCACAACUACCCUAACAUAAUGGCUGCAUGUUGGAAACAAAUUUCAGCUAUUGUGUAUCGAAUUUUGAGGCCUGAGUCUUUUGGAUUACCAUAUGGAAAAGGAGCUUUUGGGCAUGAUAUUGGAUCAACCAUGGAUAAGGUCAUGUCAGCUGCUGUUAAGGUUUUAGAUGAAUGUCUACGUGCUGUAUCUGGAUUCAAAGGAACUGAGGAUCUAAUUGGUGAUAGAUUAGUGGAGACUCCCUUUGUGUCUGACUUUGUGCGUGACAAGAAUAUCUCUUCUGCCCCAUCAUAUAUUUUCGAGAGCGAUGGGGUUUCUAGAAACAACCUGUCAGGAAGCACAGAGUGGUGUGAGGCCAUUGAGAAGCAUAUCCCCUUAUCUGUAUGCCAUGCAUCUGGAGUGGUGAGAGCUGCAUCAAUUACUUGUUUUGCUGGCAUCACUUGCGCUGUCUUUUCUUCUCUCAAGCAGCAGCAGCAGCAAUUCGUUCUUUCUUCCUGUAUAUAUGCUGCAAAUGAUUUAGCCCCUUCAGUUAGGGUAGCUGCAUGUAGAGCCAUUGGUGUCAUUGCUUGUUUUCCAGAGAUUAUGAAGAGUGCAGAGAUCCUUCACAAGUUCAUCAAUGCGGUGGAGGUCAAUACACAUGAUCAGCCUGUCUUGGUGCGAGUUACUGCAUCUUGGGCCAUGGCAAACAUAUGUGACUCUAUUCGACACACUGUUUCUGACUCUUCAUUAGACUGUGAAGCAGCAAAUUUUAGUUUGGUGAUGUAUUUGUUAGAAACUUCGUUGAAGCUAACAACCGACGGAGACAAGAUCAAGUCAAAUGCUGUUAGAGCUCUAGGCAUUCUCUCGAGAGUUAUCCCUUUUGUAAAUCCCCUUGAACAAGGAAAAUGUGCAGUCAAUUGUCCAGGAACCAGCAAGAUGGAGAAAGCUUCCUGGAAGUGCACCAUAACUCAAACUGACCCUGCUUGGCCUUCAGUUGCCUUUGGAUGUGUUCAUUUGUUGGAAAAGAUUGUGCAAGCUUUCCUUUCAUGUAUUACAACCGGAAAUGUAAAGGUCCAGUGGAAUGUUUGUCAUGCAUUAAGCAACCUAUUUCUGAAUGAAUCACUGAGAAUGCAGCGAAUGGAUUGGGCUUCAUCAAUUUAUAGUAUUCUGCUGCUGCUGCUUCGUGAUUCUUCCAACUUCAAAAUCCGGAUACAAGCAGCUGCAGCUUUGGCUGUGCCAUCAACAGCGCUUGAUUAUGGCAGUUCGUUCUCAGAUGUUGUUCAAGGAAUCCAGCACAUUCUUGAAAAUGUGACAGCAGAUGAACAUUCAGCUCCUAAUUACAAAUAUAGAAUUGCCCUGGAGAAGCAGCUGACCGCAAGCAUGCUUCAUGUACUUGGUCUUUGUUCAAGCAGCAGUCAUGAACCUCUGAAAGAAUUUCUCCUCAAAAAAGCAAUAUUCAUUGAGAGUUGGCUGAAAAGUUUGUGCUCAUCACUUGAGACAAGAACUCAGCAAGAUGAUGAAUUGGAUUUCUAUAGGAAUCAGAAAAGAGAUUUAGUGUCCAAGGCAAUACAAUCACUGAUUCAAGUGUAUGAAAGUCAAAAACAGUCUUCCUUGGCACAGAAACUUCAGAAGUUGCUGAAAGCUCAAGGAUGAAAACAGUCUUUUGCUACCCAUGAUUGCACAUGGCAUCUUUUAACCCAGAAACUGGACAUUUUGCUGGAUGUUGACACCUAAGCGUCCCAUGCGAUCAUUGUCCAGGAGUCUGACGGCAAUGACUAGUGAAGAUUACUCUCAUAAGAGUACCAUGUCCAAGAUUUCGAUGGCACAAAGUCUCAUAAGCAGCUUUACUCAUUGUCUAUCCAGGAGUGAUGUGUUACUCCCACUUCUGAUAUUGAUAAGAGCUGAUUUUGGAGUCUGCUGUUGGGGGGGCGCUUUUUCUUGGCAGGACUACUCAGGAGCACCCUUUUGUACAUUAAUGUUCGUCAAUCUUCUCCCUUUUGGGUCAAGUUAUGGUUGAUAACUGUGGUGGAAAUGUAUAGUGGGCAGGUUCCCUAUAUAUCUUGUUCAAUCUGUAAUUCUUUAUGUAUGUUGAAGUGCUACGUACAAAAAUAUAAACUCAAUUUGUUCUAGGUUUUAAUUUGGAAGUACUAGGGCCCUAAUCUUCCAACUUAAGUUUAUACUCCUUUGAUAAGUUGGAGUAUUUAUUUUAUUUUUUUUUUGACGGAAAGAAAAGGGAUUUCAUUAA